GUGGCAGCAGCCAACACAAGUGUGUGCAGCCUCUCCUCGUAGCUCCAGUUUCUGCUCUGUACAAACUAGCCAUUUAUCAUCAAUCAUGGCCGCCGGAGUACAAAUCUAACUCCCGUCUUUCCUCCCUGCUCGUCUGGAGGGGAGGAUUUCUGUUUGAGGAGACAAAAUAUUAGUCCCACACUGAUUUGGAUUUCCUCUUGGAAUUACAAUACAUCUCGCAAGGGAAAUACCAUUCAUGUCAAUACUCCAAAAUGCAGCCGCCGCCGAGGAAGGUCAAAGUGACACAGGAGCUGAAAAACACACACACAGAGCAGAUGACAAGACUGCACUUUAAACACCAGACUGAAUGUGACCUGCUGGAGGACAUGAGGACCUACAGUCUGAAGAAAGGACAGCUGGAGAGGGACUAUGCACAGGCUUUGCAGAAGUUAGCGAGCCAGUACCUAAAGAGAGACUGGCCUGGUAUUAACCCUGAUGACCAGAGAACAGACUACAGGAAUGUGUAUGCAGUAUGGAGGUCCUACCUAGAAGGUACAGUGCAGGUGAGCCAGUCCAGGCUCAAUGUGUGUGACAACUACAAAAGUCAAGUAUCAGAGCCGGCUAAGACUGUUAGACUCUACAAGGAGCAGCAACUGAAAAAGACCAUAGAUCAGUUGAGUGGCAUUCAAGCAGAGCUGCAGGAGUCUGUGAAGGAGUUGGCCAAAGCCAAGAAAAAAUACUACGACUGUGAGCAGGUUGCCCACGCUGUACGAGAGAAGGCUGACAUAGAGGCCAAGUCUAAACUGGGUCUUUUUCAGUCGAGAAUUAGUUUACAGAAAGCAAGUGUCAAGUUGAAAGCUAAGAGAAGUGACUGUAACUCCAAGGCGACACAGGCCAGGAAUGACUACUUGCUAACGCUAGCUGCUGCCAACGCUCACCAUGACCGCUACUACCAUACAGACCUACUGCACUGCAUACAGGCCUUGGAUGGCAGAAUCUACGAGCAUGUGAAAGACUACCUGGUGGAGCUGAGUCGCACCGAGCUCGAGGCCUCCCAAGCCUCACACAAUACCUUCCAGUUCCUGUUGGAUAAAUCCACCAGGAUAAUACAAGAAUACAACCAGCAGUUGUUCAUGCAGGAGAAUCCAGUGUUUCACAAAGCACACGACUUCCAGUUCCAGCCCAGCGAAUGUGACACGACUCUGAGCUCGGUGCAGCAGUUGGUGGAUAUUGAGCCGUCGCCCGUCAGUGCCAUGAGAAUGACCCUGGCACAGAGUCGUCAGCUGGAGUCAGAGACGGGGACGACAGAGGAGCACAGUCUGAACAAAGAGGCCAGGAAGUGGGCAACAAGAGUGGCCAGGGAACACAAGAACAUCAUCCAUUACAAGAGAUGUCUGGAGGAGUGUGAGAGCCAUGGCUUGCCCCCCACGGAGCAGGGGAGAUUAGAUCUUGAGAUGAAGAUAGAAGACACCAAAGAAAACAUGCGCAAAGCUGAGACAAUAAAGUUGAAAGCUGAGGCUCGGCUAGACCUUCUUCGGCAAGUAGGGGUCGCCGUGGAUACCUGGCUGAAGAGCGCCAUGAACCAGGUAAUGGAGGAGCUGGAGAAUGAACGUUGGGCCAGCUACACUUCCCAUGAUCCCUCACUGUCGGGCACAGUUGACUUGGAGCGUGAGGAGGGAGAGGAGUGUGAAGAGAACAUGGAGGUUUUUGACGACAGUAGUUCAAGUCCUUCGGGAACCCUCAGAAACUACCCGCUUACCUGCAAAGUCCUGUACUCAUACAAGGCUUCUCAGCCGGAUGAGUUAACUAUUGAUGAACAGGAGAUGUUGGAGGUCAUUGAGGAUGGAGACAUGGAGGACUGGGUCAAGGCUCGCAAUAAGACGGGUCACGUAGGCUACGUCCCAGAGAAAUACCUGCAGUUCCCGACCUCCAACAGUCUGCUGAGCAUGCUCCAGUCUCUGGCUACACUUGAUGCUCGAUCACACACGUCGUCCAACUCCACCGAGCCAGAGCUGCACUCCGGCUGCAUCAAUGGAGACACAAACAUGAUGUACGUCCGUGCACUUUAUGAUUACGAGGGCCAGGCAGACGAGGAGCUCUCCUUCGCCGAGGGAGCGGUGAUCCGCCUGCUGAACCGCGACACUCAGACGGACGACGGCUUCUGGGAGGGGGAGCUCAACGGACGGGUGGGCGUCUUCCCCUCUGUGCUGGUAGAAGACCUCACUGAGAACGGGGAGACCAGCGGAGGAGGGGUAGGUGACAUACUGAUUUCGCCGUCUCUGAAGCUGCCGUGUUCUCUGCCACCUCUCCCGCUGUACGAACAACCUCCCAUCAGCCCUUUCACCAGCCCCGAGACCUCCACACCGCCUCCUCUACCACGCUCACCCUCCACCGCACUCAACGGGGAGCACAAGCCUCCCCCGCCCGCCUCCUCACACAAGGGACCGCUCCCCACCCACAAUCAAAGCUCUGGCAAGAGUCCAGUGUCUCCAGGAUUCCCUCAGCCACUGAGAUUCACCCCAGAAGGCGGCCCGGGCAAACUACGACCUGUACGAGCUGCUCCUCCUCCACCCAAGCAGCACUCCCGCCGACCGCAGGAGAAGAGCGACAAGACGGAGGAGGUGGAGAUCACACUGGUGUGACAGACAGACGAGCUGGCAGGUUAUAGAGACAGAACAAUAGAAACAGAUGACAGACAGAUGAUCCUACAGGCUGGGGACUGAACUGUUCUGAACUGAAGUUACAGCUUAAACAAAGUGAUGUGACGUAAACUGAACUGAACCCUCCUCCUCCUCCCCUCCUCCCGGCUUCUCCACGUCUUCUCUCCUCCUCAAGUUGAGGAGGAGGGUAAGGACCGGGGAUGAAGAGUAUCCAAUUGAAUAAUCUCCGUAUUAGCUUCCAAAUGAAGUGCAGCAGUAGCCGCCCCCUCAUCCCUCUCCGCCCUCCCCCGUCCUUCCAUUCUUGCCUUAAAACUUUACCUCAUCGGGCAGCAAACCAGAGCACACUGAAGAGGAGGAAGAAUGUUACAGAGAGGGGGAGUGUGGGGAAAGUUAAUGACCGUUAUUGGCAAGUUUUUCUUUCAUCUUGGACAGGAAGAUCAUUCUGCUGUGUUUAAGAACACUUCACUUACUUGAAACAAGAAAGUUAUGGAGCCCAGAACCUGACAAAGCGUAGUAGGACAAGUCAAAAAUAAUUCAUGCAAAACUUGUAAUGAGAGCAAAAAAAAAACUCAAUUAAAAUAAUUAAUUGUAAAAAAGAAGUAGUCAUCAUGACAUUUUUUUUAAGCACCAGUUUGUG